AAUUAAGGUUCCACAACUUUAAAUAGGGUGUUCGGUGACUUUUUCUUCCGGGUUGAAAUAAAGCGCCGAUAAGAGUUUUUACUUCAGUCAUCAGUUUAAACGCCCAAAUUACUUGACAUAUUUCAGUGUUCAACUUAGUAUCACAUUGGAGUAGGAAAACAGUUUAUAUUAGUAUACGGAUAAAACAUCUGAAAAUGCAUAUCUUGCUUGGGCUGCUGUUGGUAGGAUGCUUAGUUGCAGCGCUACCAUCAACUUACAUAAAACGUAGCAAUGCUACACUUGAAAGCGUCAACAAAAUCACUGGAGCGAAGCAGCUAAAAGAUUCAGAAAUCAGUUUACCAGGAAAUACGGAUGUAUUAGAAUUUGAUCAAAGGAGUGAAGAAUUUGAUGAUGCAAACAGGUUAAACGCUAAACAAAUAACUCCAUCAGAUGCUUUGCAUAAAAACAAAGAGAUUGGAUUAGAAGUAAGUGAGACACAAAGUAACGACAUACCCGAAUGUGAAAUAUCGGUAGAGGAUCGAAGUAUCCGGUACUUCCAGGGCAAACUUCUUCAAAAUGAACCGCAUUUUGUUCAAUUCAAUAUAUCAUUCAUUCCAAAACAAGAACAUUCUUCUGCAAAAGAAGUGUUUCAAGGUUUACGGUGGUUUUGGACAUAUAAUACAUCAGUUGGACCUCUUCCGUUUAUAUCGUGGAAUUUAGACUAUGGACUCCUCAGCUUUGGUCUUCUUGAUGCAAAAACUAUUCAUAUUCCAUAUAUUGCACUUAAUGUAACCGGAAGCUGUGAUCUAACAUUAGGCACAAGUAACACGUCGAAUUUAAUUGCAGAAGCUCUUAAAUCGUUAGUCAAAUCGAAUGAACAAGUAAACGAGUUUUUAAAAUAUCGUGAAAGUUAUUUUUGCUAUCUUGUUGCUGAUUACAAUCUACGUGGCACUCUCAGGUACUAUGCUGCACAGUAUUUACUGUAUCCAUGUUCUUACAUACGUUACAAAUGUUGUACAGUACAUUUUGACUAUAGUUUAGAAGAAUAUAGGUCUUCAUGUCCCGAGGGGGAAAUCCCUGGCAUGCACACCUGGACACAAACAUCACAUUUGCCUGCAGUUUUAACUUUUUUGAUAAUUGCAUUUAUUCCAAUACCAUUAUUCAAGUUUUUUGCAUGGCUAUCUAAACGAGAUGCGGCAAUAGGAAGUGAAAGUGUCUUUAAUAAUGACAGAAGUGUUGAGGGUUUCCAACUAAUUGAAGACGAAAACAGUUGGAUUUACGCGGAUGGGAAACAGUCUCCUUUGACAUUUUACGAUUUGUUCAGUUUUGAAAUUUUUGGAAUGUAUGAUAAGUAUCCAAUUUUCACUUCACGGCUACGUCGAUUAUUACUUGUUCUCAUUGCACCUUCAAUAAUUUUUAUCGAAGUUGCGUGGUUUAGUACAGGCUUUGGCUUGUGGUUUAAAAAGAUUUCUGUAGAAGACAUAAUCAAAGCUGGUACACCCAUGGGGUUUCACGCAACAUGGUAUGAUCCAAGGAAUGAAUAUAAAACUUUUGUCCCUGGUCUUGGAGGAGGGUUAAUCAUUAGCAUCAUUUAUUACGCUUUCAGCAUACUGUUUCUUGUGUUACCUCGCUGUGUAAAGCAAGUGGUUGAGGACGGCUUACCAAAUUCAAACCUGUACAUACCAUCCCCUCUUUUCUUUGGCUACAAAGAAAUAAUAAGAAUGUCAAAGAUAAAAAUUGAACAAGAGCAGUUAGAAACAGGAUACACCAAAGGGGCUUCUCUUAUGAAAUGUAGUUUUUGUCUUCUGUUUACAACGAAAUUCUGGACUCGAGUUUGGCGUAUUCAAACAAGGAGAAUAUCUUGCAUUAAUGAGCAAACACAGUUUUGUUUCUGCGUUUUUUGUAUAUUUGUUUUGCCGUUUUACUUUGCAUUUUGUGUUAUUGAAAUUGCUGUCUGUAUUCUUUAUUACGGAACACCGUUCUUUUUUUUCCUAGUUGUUAUGGUUAAGGGUGCUAUUAAGUCUCUUCGAUAUUUGCGAGAUCAAGGCAGGGUUCUUUCUUUUAUCUUUAGCAACAAGCCAUUCAUUGUUGUUGGGGUAUUAACUGUGUCUUGUAUGUUCACCCUGCUGGCUUACAUAGUGUGCCUGAUGUUUAUUGCAAGCGUAGGGCUGAUAACACAAAUACUUUCAUUGUGCUUUAUUGCGGUUAUAAUCUACCCCUCAGUUUCAUUCGGAUAUCUGUUCUUCAUUGUCAUUGUCCUUUAUUAUUUUAUCAAGAAGAUCAGAAACUUCAGUGACGUUUAUGCCGAGUUGCUGACAUCUGCGAUUGAUAUAUCUAAAAAGUUAUCAGAAGAACCUUUCCGCGUCACUCUAGAAGAUGGCUACAUAAAUAUUUCAAAUAUUAAAUGUGAGACUUUGAAAGGAAUAAACAUUAAUGGAACAGUAUUGAAUGACAACUCCCCAGAAUUGACUCUAAACCGGGAUUUUCAUCAAACGUGCAAAUUAAGGAAGAAAAACCACGUUUAUGGGAUCCCGAAAGGUCUAUUUGAUUAUUUGGUGCAAAAGCAUCGCCCGGUGCAUAUACAAUUCCUCGCCUUGCUCUAUAGAGUGUCCCUUAUGAUAGCUUUUGUUAAUAUUACAUUGAGCGUUUCGUCAAAUUACGCCAGUGGCCCCACAUCGGAAAUUUCCGAAGUUAUGCACGUGAUCUUUAUCGUAGUUGUCGGUGUCAUUCCUCAGUUAAUUGGGAUUGCCUUUGCUAAUUCGAAUUCGGAUUUAGUUCGAGAGAUAGAGGAGAGAAAGAUUGAAGAAUCUAUAUUAGAGUACUACCAUAUGAAUGAAUAACUUUGUUAGGUAUUUUUAUUUUAUUUUUGUAAAAACGUUGCGUUUAUUUUCAGAGACUAGCGGAUCUAGUUUUGUCCGUGUUGACUGUUAGAUUCAGUCCUUGUAUCAUUAUUGUAUAAUACUGUAGAGGAUAUUGAAUGGGUGUAAGUUUAAUACUGAAUUUAUUGAACGAGUUGAAUAAAAUAAUAUUAUACGAGCCCCGAGCAUAUUUUUAUUUUAUUCAAGGAGUUCAAUAAAUGCAGUUAUCGCAUGGUUUGGAAUUUUUCCUUUGUUCUUACUAACCCAUUAUACUCAGUACACUUCAAUGAGCAUUUGAAAACUGUAUUGAUAUAUAACAGUACAGUUUUUCAUUGAUUCAUAUAGGAAAAAAACUCAACUGUUAUAUAUCGGUUGAGUUUUUUUUCGCACCUUGUAUAUAUCAAUGCAGUUUCUUUUUCAUAGAGGCUCCAAUGGGGCAGUGGUAACGACCAUUCCCAGUAGCAAAAAAAAAAAAUAAAAAAAAAUGGAAUAAAAUAAAAUAAAUAUAUAAGUGUUAUAUCCUCGUAACUAACUCGUUUCAUGUACUAUAACUAUUACUAAUGAACAAGAUUAUAAUAUUUCAUUUAUCACAGACCCAAAAUAAAGACAGUUUUAAAUGGGGGAAAAAGAAUCAUUUUGUAUUAUAUAGUGUAACGCUAACAUUUAGCACGUCUUUACACUAUGUUUGUAUAAUGCAAAUGACGUCUUUUGAGACAAAAUAAUUAUAUGCACGACCGUGUGGUAUCGUUUUUACAGUGUCGCAAAAUCGGCACGGGUAUGUGAUAAACAUUAUUUAUUUACAUUUCUUUAUGUUUUAUAUGAACAUUUUGACCAGAAAUGUUCUGCUAUAUAAUUAUGCGUUUAUUUUGAAUUAUGUUCAUUUUGUUUGCUUACAUAUCAUGCACUUGAAUGAAAUAAACAUUAUAUACACGA